CUAGAAUGUGGUCCAAGCUGCUUAUUCGGUCGAAGCUCCAACGUUCCCUCCUCCAGUGGAAGUGUAUCGUCGAAGUCCCAUUCCUACUACUACCCCUACAUUGUUUGCGGAAUCUACGACUUCUAAGCGCUUCUAUCCAUCACGAUUCAUAAGACCUAUCAGCAAUGCACAGUUCCAGCAAGACAUCAUGGGGACACAAAUACCUCAGAGCGAUCCCAUUGCUAUCACCUCAUCACAGCCUCCGUUUUCUUCAACGUCCAGUACGACCAGCGAUUACCCAACAACAAAAAUUUUCAAAACAAUUUUGCCCAGCGAGGAAGAACAGCGAAAAACAGCGCGAGUCUUUGAGGACGAAGCUGCUCUGCCUCCAAGAUUGGCCCUAAAGGCAGCGCAAGCUAGUCCACUCCGGAUUCGGACCAUCGAGACAGCAACCGCAGCAGAAAUGGAGCAAAUUCGAACUCUCACAAGGGGAGAGGAAUUAAAAGAGGUCAUGGAACAACAUAGAGAGUCUCUAAUCAUUGGCUUAGCUAUCUCCUUGUGUCCCGAUUUUUUGUGA